AUGGAAAAGGAGGCUAAAAGGAGCAAAAUUAUUUUCAAUGUAUCAAGUAAUAUCUAUUUAAGACACGAAAUAUGAAAUAAUCAAGCAUGUAGGCAGCAAUGUUUUUGGGUGGAUUCUUUCGAAUAGUCCUACUGAUUCUAAUUGAGACCUGUUUUGGACUGAUAACUCUGUAAUCCCAGAUCGCUUAUCACGAAUGAAGCCGCAUCAAAAAAUCAAUCAUUUCCCUGGGAUGUUUGGAAUUGCUAGAAAAAACUGUAUGGCCAAUAACUUAAAUAAGAUGAGAAAUAUACCCAUAAUAAGAGAUUAAUUGUUUAUAAAAAUAUUUAAUUAUCAUUUUAGCUAAAUUUCUUAUAAUAAGCAUUUAUAGAUAUAUAUUUCCUCAUGAUUAUAAUUUUUAUCCAAAAUCAUGGGUUCUUCCUUCAGAUCUCAAUGAAUUCAAAGCAGAAUUACAACAAAGUUCAAAAACUUAUAUAGUAAAGCCAGAAGCAAGCUCCCAAGGGAGAGGCAUUUAUUUAGUUAAAAGACUAGAAGACUUACGAACCCAUGAGCACUGUAUUGCCCAGCGAUAUCUUCAAAAACCAUUUUUAAUCGACGGCCUGAAAUUUGACCUUAGAAUUUAUGUCCUCCUAUCAGCAUGUGAUCCUUUAAGAAUCUUUAUCCAUGAAGAAGGACUCGCCCGAUUUGCCACCGAAGAGUACCAAAACCCUUCAAGAGGCAAUCUCGACGAAAUGUUUAUGCACCUCACAAAUUACGCAGUAAAUAAGCACAACCCCAAAUUCGUCCAAAAUGAAGACCCAGAGCACUGUGACAUAGGCCACAAAAGAAGUUUGUCCUCAGUUCUUAUUCGGCUUGAAGAAGAAGGCUAUGAUGUAACUACUCUUUGAGAUAGGAUUUGUGACAUAAUUAUAAAAACAAUUUGCACGAUCCAGCCAUCUCUUUCCCAUUUUUACAGGUCUUCUCAGCCAGACGACGUCAGCAAUGGUAUGUGUUUUGAGAUUUUAGGCUUCGAUAUAAUUUUAGACCACAAAUUAAGGCCUUAUUUAUUAGAAGUAAACCAUUCGCCGAGUUUUACGACUGAUUCUCAGCUGGAUUUUAAGAUAAAAGAAAGGAUUAUUAGUGAAGCUUUGAAUAUUAUGAAUAUUAAAGUGAAAAAUAGAAGGGAAUAUGAGAUGAUCAGCAAGACGUUGUCAAGCAACAGAAUAAUUAAUAAAAAAUCAAGGCAGGAAAGCUUGGAAGAGAAAAAAGGACUAAGGGAUGAGGCGACAAGGAAAAAUGAUAGGCAUAGUGAUAAACAUUGUGGAGGGUAUAUAAAAAUAUUUCCAGGAGAAAAUGAUGAUUAUUAUCAACAAUUUCUGGAAGCUGCGAGAGAGCUCUGGUCUGAUGUAACUGCGGUAAAACAGAAAAGACAGACAGAGACAGCAAGAUCGUCAACACCUACUGCGAUACGCCCAAUUUCCGUUUAA